AUGCGCCCCUCCACCCCACUGUCCGCGGCCCUGCCGCCGCUAAUUAUGGGCACUGCAACCUUCAACUCCCAAUAUAAUGCCGACCCAUAUGCCCUUCCAACAACAGAGCUUGUACAGCGCGCACUGUCGCGCGGCAUCCGCGCCUUUGAUACAUCCCCUUACUACGGCCCCGCUGAAGAACUUCUCGGCCGCGCCCUUGCAACAGAAAACGUGCAAACCAACUUCCCACGGGAGACAUACCACCUUCUCACAAAAGUCGGGCGCCUGGCCGGCUCAUCGUUCGACUACUCUCCGCAAUGGAUCAGACACAGCGUGCGGCGCAGCCUGCAACGCCUACACACAGACUACCUGGACGUAGUGUACUGCCACGACGUGGAGUUCGUGACUGCUGCGGAAGUGGUCACUGCGGUGCGGGAGCUGCGCCGUCUGCGCGAUGAAGAGGGCGUGCUACGCUACGUUGGUAUCUCCGGCUACCCUGUCGACACGCUCAGCGAGCUGGCGGAGAUGAUCCUCCGCGAGACGGGCGAGCCGCUCGAUAUCGUUAUGUCGUAUGCCAACUUCACUUUACAGAAUACACGGCUGCACUCGCACGCCCUCCCCAGGCUGCUUGCUGCGGGCGUUGAUGUUGUUCCUAACGCGUCGCCGCUGGGUAUGGGAUUGCUUCGUCGUGACGGCGUGCCUAUUGGCUCGAUGGGCGAUUUCCAUCCCGCUCCUAAUGCGCUGCGGAGUGCUAUUCGUAAUGCUUCGGAUUGUGCUUCGCGGCAUGGAGAGAAGCUUGAGGUUGUUGCGAUUCGGUUUGCGCUCGAGGCGUGGCUGCGUCUUGGUGCGCGGGCUGGCGGUCUCGGUGCGCCGCUUGCUCGUGCUGCGGACGCAGAUCCUGGGUUCUUGUCUGCGGCUAGUAUGGGCACGGGGAGGAGACUGGGUGUCAGCGUUAUGGGCGUUAGUAAUAUCGCUGAACUGGAUGAGACUUUGCGCGUGUGGCAUAGUAUCGUCGAUGGACUGGAGAAUUGGAAUGAAGAUGACGACGCCUCAUAUUUCGAUACUAAGUUGAAAUCUGCUGGACCGUCCACUCCUAGCCUGGAUGUUCCGAUGGGUGAUGUUCCCACGUCGAAUAUCCUUACGCCUCAGGAGGGCCUUAUCACGGACCGCGCCUGGUCUCAUACACGUGGAGUUCACAUCUUGCAGCUGGCACGAGAAAUUCAGGAUAUCUUAGGUAAAGAGUGGGUGGAUUAUGCCUGGGCCAGUCCGUCACCAGAUUUUGUGAAUUCGUUAUCAGAGGAGCAUGUUGCUGCUUUGCAGCAGAUCGAGGCCGAGGAGAGAACAGGACGGAAGCCAUAUUUCUCUAUAUCUGAUACGGAUAUCAAGGAGGAUCCUAUGCUGACACCACCAUCAGAUGUGGAAAAGCAGCUUGCAUAG